AUGACAUCAAGAGGAAACCAAUCAGUAUCACCUCCGGCUCAAAUAUCUCAACAGAGACAUGUGAACGCUAUUUCAUCGAGCACGCCUCCGCCACAGCAGUAUUACCAGGGACCGCCGUCUGGGCUGUCUCAAGGUGCAUAUGAAUUUUUGCCGCAGGCCCAGGGUCAUCCAUUCAACCCCUACCAGGCUUAUGGCAGUUCUUUAAGUGACACCAGAGGUCAGCCAGGCAACAGCGGGAGGGGAGUGCCCAACCAACAAAACCUCACACAGGGAAGCAACUACUACCAACAGCCUGGACCAAACAUUAGGCCUCAGCAGGCCCAGCAGAGCCACACUUACUAUAUCACUGCCCAACCCCAGGGCAACAUGCGUCACCCAAGACCACCUCAUCAAUCCCAGCAGAUGAUGUUUAUCUCCCAGAACUUCACACCGGGCAACAGUGUCAUCACGGUGCCUGGCAUGUACCCAAGUGCUAGAGUACCUAUGUACCCGCCAAAUGCUUUUGUGCAAGGUGCUCCUGCAUACCCUAACUAUGUAUACUAUCAAAAUGGGACUCCCGGAUGGCGUGGGCCAGCAAUACCACCAGCUGCUGCCCCGGCACCGCGACCUGUGCAGCGGGAGAAGAAAGUCUUGAGCAUACAGGACCCAGAUACGGGGCGGGACAUCACAGAGGAGCUACUGAACAGCAGGUCACAUUCUGUUAGCACAGAUGAUCAUCGCGACGAUCUGUCUCCAAUUUGCCAAACUUUCACCCGCCUUGUGGCAGAAUCUUUGAAAUCACCUGAUGAUUCCAGUGCAUCAGGUGCAUCAUCUGAUCUUCAUAGAGCUGCACCUAGUGCACCACCACCAACCAGUUCUUCUGGGGGUGCACCAUCUAGUCAACAGCAACAACAGCACGCACAGCAACAACCUUUGUCUAUAACCACAGGGAUGCGACUUCCUACUGCAGGAUCUCACAUAAUUCCACCUGCACAUUCUGGCACGCCGCCACAGACACCACCUGCUGUUCAUGACGCCCAGCACCAAGUCCUCAAUGUCAAUUUGAGCAUGCCUCCACCUCAGUUUCCCCUCCGACAGCCAACACCAGCUGUAUACAGCACAGUUCCGCAACAGCACCCACACCCUUCUACUCAGCAUGCCCCUCGUCACGCACAUUCAACUCUGCAACAGCAGCCUCUAAGACCACCGGUGGUACAGUCACCACCUCAGCAGACUCAGAAUCAACCGUCGCAGCCACAGCACCAACCCCCACAGCCCCCCACCGCUGUUGUUGACUCUGCGCCCCAGACUCAUAAAGCUGAGCCUAGCGAUAAACCAAAGCCAUCAGCGGAGGUGCCAUCCCAAGACAACAUUCCUUCCAAAGCUACUGGACCAACAGCUCCCAGCACUGUAAUGCCAGCGCCCUCUGUUGUGUCCCAGCCUGUAGAAGAUGCUGUAAUCAAGCCGUCUUCUGUGAAGCCUUUAAGCA